AGAAUCCCAGGGCUCUGGGAAGCAAAACGAGCUCUGUCAAGCUCCUCAUGUUCCAGCUGCAAUGGGAGGCUGUGAUCAUAUUGUUCCAUGUAGGCAGAGUCUGUGGUGAUACAGCAAUCUUUUUCCAUUGCCCUGGAUGCAGUUUUGAGCUCUGUUUUGUCUAACUGAACAAAACAUACUCAGGAAGUGCCGUCUCACCCCGUGCAGAGGGUUCAGAGGUGUGAACACAUCCUGUUUACAUCUGCCACCAAGACGGGAGGCUGAGGGAGCACACGGCUGAGGCACGGGAGAGCAGCUGCAGCGGGACAGGCCCUGGCAUGGACACAGUGCCCGUCUACCACGGGGCCAUCACCCGAGAGGCUGGGGAGAAGCUGCUGCUGGCGGCGGGCACGGACGGCAGCUACCUGCUGCGGGACAGCGAGAGCAUCCCGGGAGUCUACUGCCUCUGCGUGCUGCAUCAGGGUUAUGUUUAUACCUACAGAGUGUCCCAGACAGAAGCUGGAUCCUGGAGUGCUGAGACAGCGCCCGGGGUCCCACGGAGGCUCUUUCGGAAAGUGCACAACCUCAUUUCAGCCUUCCAGAAACCCAACCAAGGCAUUGUAACACCCCUGCAGAACCCAGUUGUCAACAAUGUGAAAGCCAACUACUCCUCAGGGAGGAAUGAAGGCUACGACUUCCACCUGCAGCCAUCAUGAGGAUGUCUCCCCAAGUGUGACAUAACCACAUCUUCCAGCAUCUCCUCUAAUCUAUGCUUUAAAACAGAAUGGUUUAUAUGAUAGUAAAUACAACUCUGUGAGUUUUCUUGUAACAUUUGCAGAAAUGUGUAUUUCAUAGAAUUUAUUGCUUAAGAUGUAGAAGUUUAGAUUUCAGAGUACUUUGAAUUCAGGGUGGGAUAUUUUUUGUUUUUGUUUUUGUUUUUGUUUUUCCCAGGAGAGGAUAAAAAAACAUGCUAAAUCCUUUAUGUCUUUUUUUCCCUCUUUGUACUGUCAAGUUAAAACAUUUCUCCCUUCAAGAUCAGUUCUUAAUUAAUAAUUAGUUAUUAAUUUUACAUUAUUUAACUUUGAAUCCUGCUUUGCUUUGUUCUGGUUGGCAUUUAUGCAGAAUUGGGCAAGUCUCCUUUCAUAACCUUAGGAGAAGUGUUUACAUUAAAGUGUCCUUGCCUUGGAUGGGCUCUGUGUUUGUCAUUCAUACAGUUCCUAAAGAUAUUCCAGAUGUGAUACCGUGAGGAUCCCCAAUAACUGAUUUCCCAUCAAAGCAGUUGCUCUGCCCUCUAACAAAAUCUGUAGUUUUCACCAAUGACCAAGAACAUAAGUAAUGCACAGAGUAACCAAGAACACCAAUGAAGUGGAAAGCCUUGUUCUUUGCUUUUAGGUGUUCCCUGUUCUUGAAACAAGCCAUCCUCACAUACAAUUAAAAAAAAAAAAUUAUUUUUGCAUGACAGCUUUUCUUUUCCUCUCUGUGUGUUUCCAUGCUGCUACUGGGCUCCUGGAGGGGAGUUUUGAAUCUAGAGGACUUGUCAGCUCUGCAGGGUUAGGUGAGGCUACUGGAGAACUCAGAGGAUGUGCAUUUUGCACUUGGGGUGGAACAAGUGUGAUGGCACUGGACUGAUGGACUGGCAGACAGAACGGUCUGGGUGUCCUCGGCCCUCUUGUUUGAGGAGACGGGGCUGAGUUUGAGGAGAUGGGGCUGAGUUUGAGGAGACGGGGCUGAGUUUGAGGAGACAGGGCUGUGUUUGAGGAGACGGGGCUGAGUUUGAGGAGACAGGGCUGUGUUUGAGGAGACGGGGCUGUGUUGCACUGCUGUCCACAGUCCAGACUACCUCUAGGUGGGUUUUUGCCAGGUAGGUUUGUGUGAGUUCCUGUGGGCUUUGGAGGGAGGGACCCCAGCUAGGGCCCAGCCUUGUUUGUGUGCAAGGGGGAUGCUUCUGCUCCAGAUGGCUGGUUGUGCCACCAAUAGCCAUGCU